UACAGCCAAGCCGCACUAUUUGGGGACGUUACAUGGGAGUGAGAUAGGGAGCUGUCAGUAAACAGAGGAGGGAUCACACACACACUGAUAAGGGAACCUACAGAGGAAGCAACAGGAGUCAUGUACACAGACAAGUAGAGGGAAGACGAGCCCCAGGCAGGAGGUAAAGCUGCACAUUGGAGGCACAUAGGAGGACAGGUAACCAUUAAGUUUUACUGAGUAAAGAAUGGAUAUCAUUGAAGAGGAACCCCCUGUGCCACCUUUCUGGGAGGAUGAGAGAGUGGGCUAUAUCGGAGGAUGGCUCCAACGGAUGAUGAAGCUCAUAGAGGACCGUUGGAUACAAUUUGUGGAGGACGAAAAAAAUGAAAAAAUACUGAGGGACUUUUUCGAUCGGGGAGAUCAAAUUUUUUUGAUUUUUUCUGCAGCACCUAAAGGAGGGUUGACGGUGACACAUGAGCUUAUUCUAAAUCAAAGAGGCAAGACAUUUUAUAUCAUGAAGAAGAUUCCAACAACUAUUGGAACAGAGAACUAUGCAGACGUCCUCGUACGUGGGGAGUUACCGGGUGUAUCUUUCAUCCAGACAUCAACACUUCUGGAAGAGGUUUUGAUGCCUGGCCUUUCCCAGAAGCAUCCCAAGGCCCCAGCACGUGUAAUUUCACAAGACAUGGGGCUUAAUGUGGAGACUCUGAAGAACAAGAUACUCAUAGUGAAAGGACUUCUGUCUGGAAAAACCAUUUUGCCUCUACCUAGCAAAAUUGCCACAAAAGAAUUAAACCAGCUGAGUCCAAUGAAAAAGGAAAACUAUAUUGACAGAGGAGAUCUUCAUGCAUUUGAAUCCAUGCUUAUCAAAUGGUCCUACCAGGUUCGAGAUGUCAUAGAAACUGAUUCCUCACAGCCUCUUAUUAAAGGUCUUAACCCAGGACCUUUAUCAGAGCUAGAUUUCUGGAAAGCAAGACAAAGUAAUCUUGCUGGAAUUUAUCAGCAGCUCCGGGCUCCAGUCGUUCAGAAAAUGGCUGCCAUUUUGAAAGAGACAGAAAGCAGCUACUACCCCACUCUGCGAAACAUCAUUUCUGAUGUAAAAAAUGCGCUUACUGAAGCUGAAGACAUUGACCUGCACCUGAGAACAUUACAACCACAUAUACAGUUAUUGGAAGAGACUGACUUCCAUCAGAUCAAUGCCUUCAUCCCACCUCUAUUCCACACCAUCUGCCUAAUCUGGAGUAACUCGGCUUACUAUUGUACCCCUGCACGGAUCAUUGUACUGCUACAAGAGUUCUGCAACCUGCUUAUUGAUCAGGCAAAAUCGUAUCUUUCUCCGGAAGAUCUUUUCAAGGAGGAAACAGAGGAAGCUCUGGAGCAUGUACAAAUCGCUGUGAACGUCCUCAAGAGCUUUAAGCAUUCAUUUCAAAGCCACAGAAGCAAUCUAGGGUCAUUCUAUGGGGAUAGCAAUGAGUUCAAACCCUGGGAUUUCCGAUCUCAACUGGUGUUUGCAAGAUAUGACAGGUUUCUUGAGCGCCUAAUGAAGAUUGAGGAUGUUUUACGGACUACCUUAGAAUUUCAGAAACUAGAAAAAUUUGAAUUGGGAGGAAGUAAAGGACACAUGCUGGCCGAACAGGUUACACAUCUUCAGGGAGAAUUUGAAGAGAGAUGUAAAGUGUUCAAAGAAAGUGCUCAUGAUCCAACAGAUUACACUAAUGUGGAGUUUGAAAAUGAUUACUUUGCAUUCAAGGCUAAAGUAUUGGACCUAGAGACACAGAUUGCAACAAUGAUAUGUUUGGCAUUUAAGGACUGUUCUGGUUUGGAAUCGGCCAUUAAGUUGCUGGCAAUCUCUGGUUAUUUUCUGGAAAGACAGGUUAUUUUGGAUAUCUUCAGUCUCAACUAUUAUACAUUUCUUCAAAUGUUCAGUGAAGAGCUGGAUAAGUGUAAGAUGUUAUAUGAUGAACAUGUUAAACAGAUGGAAACAUGUAUUGUACACAAAAACAUGCCAAUCCUCUCUGGUGUCCUGAAGUGGACCAAGGAGCUCAAAGAACGGAUACAAAUGAUGUGGUCCAAUUCCAGGUUUAUCCAGCAUGAAAGUAUGGAAAGCUCAGAAGCCUCAUUUAUUUAUCAUAAAUAUAUGGAAAUGAUGACUGUGUUAGACCAGUACGAGGAACAGUCCUAUAAAAAGUGGAUAUCUGGGGUUGAUGAAAUUUGUAUGUUCAAUCUAGACCAACCACUCAUAAGACGUACUGCAGAUGGCUUUCUCUCUGUCAGCUUUGACCCCAAGCUAGUAGCAGUAUUAAGAGAAGUUAAAUAUCUUCAGGUAUUAAAUCAUUCAGAUAUACCCAAGGCUGCAUUGGGAAUUUUUGAGAAGAAAGAAAUGCUACACAAGUAUAUUGAAGGUUUGGACCUUCUGGUACAGUGGUACAAUAAACUAAAGCAAACUGUGCUAGAAGUAGAGUACCCCCUAAUUAAAGACGACAUGGAGGCCAUUGAUGAACAGUUAAAAGAUGCUGAGAAAUUUUAUACAUGGAAUCGUGAUGACUGUUGGGAUUACAUUGUUCAAGUACAAUCCGUAGUGUAUGACUUGGAGAGCCGAGUACAAAAGUCAAAGGACAACAUAGCCACAAUGCACCAGAUCAUGACCACAUGGGCAGAGCAGGCUUUAUUUUCCCGAAAGGACAACAAAAAAGAUGCCUUGAUCAAUUUGGAGGACAAACGUGAACGCGUAAAUAAGAAAUACAAAUUAUUUCAAGAAGAUGGAAAUAAACUACGUGGCCUGGCUGAGGAUAACAUGAAACUCUUAAAGGCUGUUCCUGAUGUGGACUCCUGGAAAAUCUAUGUGGAAUACAUGGAUGACAUUGUAAUAGAUGGCUUAUACAACACUAUUCUGCAUUCCUUGGAGUUCUUUAUACAGAACACAGAUACAAAGUUAAAGCCAGCACCUUUAUUUGAGGCACAAAUGUCACUCAGUGGUAAUGAAAUUGUAUUUAAGCCUUCACUGCAGAAGGAGGAUGGCGAUGGUCUUUAUGACCUUAUGGAGGAGCUAUUGGGUGACAUACUUAAACUGUCAGGACAAGUAAAAAGAAUUGCAAAACAUUUUGGAGUGGACAAUUACCAGAAUGACCUUGAUGAGAUGACCGACCUUUCUGAAAUUCGGCAAGAAAUUAUGGAGAAAGUCACCACCAUCAUUGGCAAAGUCUUAGAUUACAGAAAUACUUAUGAUUCAUGUUCCUAUCUGUGGACCGAUGACCGAUCUGAGUUCAUGAAACAGUUUCUCCUAUAUGGUCACAUGCUGACUUCUGAUGAAAUUGAAACACACGGGGAUGAUGGGGUCCCAGAAAGUCCUCCUACUAUUGAGCAGUUUAAAGAGCAGAUUGACAUCUAUGAAAAUAUUUACACCCGGAUCUUUGCUUCUGAAGAUACCAAGGUUUUUGAGAGUUGGUUCCAGCUGGACAUGAAGCCUUUUAAAACAAGCAUGCUCCUCGUAAUAAGGAAGUGGAGCUGGAUGUUUAAAGAGCAUCUUCUCAGAUUUGUUGUUGAUAGUUUGAAUGACUUGGAAGAAUUUAUUAAGAUGACUGACUCUGGUCUACAGCUCAAGGUACCGGAGGGAGAUUAUACAGCACUGGUUGGAGUCAUGGAGCAUCUCCUGGCUGUGAGAGACAGACAGGCAACAACUGAUUCUUUAUUUGACCCUGUUAAGCAGACCAUUGCCCUACUCGAGAGCUAUGGACAAAAACUGCCAGACCAUAUAUAUACACAGCUCCAGGAACUGCCUGAAAAAUGGAACAAUACAAAGAAAUCUGCCAUUACUGUGAAGCAUGACCUGGCUCCUCUGCAGAUACUGGAGGUUUCUGUUAUCAGGAGACGAUGUGCUGCUUUUGAUAUGAAGCAGAAUAUCUUCAGGGACAAAUUUUGUCUGGGAGCUCCUUUCCCAUAUGCUGCCCAAAAGCCGUAUGCACGUCUGGAUAGGGCCAAUCAAGACCUUCGAAAGCUGGAGCAGGAAUUAAAACACCUUCAAGAAUCGGCUGAUCUGUUUGAAGUGGCAGUUCCUGAAUACAAGCAGAUGAAGAAAUGCCGGGAGGAGAUAAAAUUGCUUAAAGAUUUGUGGGAUCUCAUAUUUAAUGUUCAGAGCAGUAUUGCUGAUUGGGUUAAAACACAGUGGAGGCAGAUUAAUGUGGAACAGAUGGAUGUUGAGCUAAGAAGGUUUUCCAAGGCAAGUUCCACAGCUGAAAUGUUGUCAUUAGACAAGCAAGUUCGCUCUUGGGAUGCUUAUUCUGGACUGGAUUCAACAGUAAAAAACCUUAUCACCUCCUUGCGUGCUAUAACAGACCUACAGAACCCAGCCAUCCGGGAGAGACAUUGGCACCAGCUAAUGGUUGCCACAAAGGUACAAUUUACAAUGACUGAGAAAACAACUCUGUCAGAUCUACUUGCACUACAACUACAUAAGGUGGAGGAUGAGGUGCGGAACAUAGUGGACAAAGCUGUGAAAGAAAUGGGCACUGAGAAGAUACUUACAGAGAUAAGCCAGACUUGGACCAACCUGGAGUUCAUUUACGAGCAGCAUUAUCGAACAGAGACACCUCUCAUAAAAACAGAUGAGCAACUCUUUGAGACUUUGGAUAGCAACCAGGUUCAGUUACAGGCCAUUAUGCAAAGCAAGCAUGUUGAAUAUUUUAUUGAACAAGUGUCAAGCUGGCAGAAAAGACUAAACUUGGCUGACUCAGUCAUUUAUAUAUGGAUGGAAGUUCAGCGGACUUGGUCUCAUCUAGAAAGCAUAUUUAUUGGCUCUGAGGACAUUAGAAACCAGCUACCAGAUGAUGCUAAACGCUUUGAUGGAGUGGACGCAGACUUUAAGGAAUUAAUGUUUGAAACAGCGAAAAUUAGAAAUGUUUUAGAUGCAACAAACAGGCCCAAGCUUUACGAAACACUAGAUGAGCUCCAACAGAGGCUCUCCCUAUGUGGAAAGGCUCUUUCUCAGUAUUUGGAAACAAAGCGCCUGGCUUUUCCCCGCUUCUACUUUGUGUCUUCUGCUGACCUGUUGGACAUCCUGUCUAAGGGAACUCAGCCCAAAGAGGUGACUCGUCAUUUAGCAAAACUGUUUGACAAUAUUGCUGACCUGCAAUUCCUCGAGAGUGCUGAAUAUGAGGCAACAGGAAUGUACAGCAAAGAAAAGGAGUUUGUUCCUUUCAGCAUGAACUGCCAAUGCACUGGACAGGUGGAACACUGGCUGAAGAAUGUAGAGGACACCAUGUGUGAAACUGUGCGCCACUAUAUCACAGAGGCUGUGGCGGGGUAUGAGGAGAAGCCCAGAGAUCAGUGGAUAUUUGACUAUCCAGCUCAGGUGGCCCUCACUAGUUCCCAGAUCUGGUGGACCAUUGAUGUAGGAAUUGCUUUUGAUAGACUAGAAGAGGGCUUUGAAAGUGCACUUAAGGAUUACAAUAAAAAGCAGAUUAGCCAGUUAAAUGCACUGAUCAACAUGUUAGUUGGAGAGCUCUCAGCUGGGGACAGACAGAAGAUCAUGACCAUAUGUACCAUCGAUGUGCAUUCCAGAGAUGUGGUUGCUAAGCUGAUUUUGAACAAGGUAAACAACGUUCAAGAUUUUGCUUGGUUGUCUCAGAUGAGGCAUCGCUGGGAUGAUAAACUGAAGCACUGCUUUGCCAACAUAUGUGAUGCUCAGUUCCAGUAUUCAUAUGAGUACUUAGGAAAUACACCCAGGCUGGUCAUUACACCUCUUACUGACAGGUGUUACAUAACUCUCACCCAGUCCCUCCACCUGAAAAUGAGUGGCGCUCCUGCAGGCCCAGCUGGAACAGGCAAAACCGAAACCACUAAAGACUUAGGGCGGGCGCUUGGGGUGAUGGUAUAUGUAUUCAACUGCUCUGAACAGAUGGAUUAUAAAUCUGUAGGAAAUAUUUAUAAAGGUCUGGCGCAGACAGGAGCCUGGGGAUGCUUUGAUGAAUUUAACAGAAUUGCAGUGGAAGUUCUGUCAGUGGUUGCCGUACAAGUGAAAAGUAUUCAAGAUGCCAUUCGCAACAAGAAAAAGAGAUUUCUAUUCCUCGGAGAAAACAUCACAUUGAAGCCAUCAGUGGGAAUAUUUAUCACGAUGAAUCCUGGUUAUGCUGGCCGCACAGAACUGCCGGAGAAUCUCAAGGCUCUUUUUAGGCCUUGUGCCAUGGUGGUGCCAGACACGGAAUUGAUCUGUGAAAUUAUGCUGAUCGCUGAAGGCUUCCUUGGUGCCCGUCCACUGGCCAGAAAAUUUAUUACGCUGUAUACGCUGUGCAAGGAGCUGCUUUCUAAACAGGAUCACUACGACUGGGGCCUAAGAGCAGUAAAAUCUGUCCUUGUAGUGGCAGGCUCUCUUAAACGAGGAGACAGCACCCGACCAGAAAACCAGGUACUCAUGCGAGCUUUACGAGACUUCAAUUUACCUAAGAUAGUAACAGAUGAUGUCCCAAUUUUCAUGGGCCUGAUCAGUGACCUGUUUCCAGCUCUGGAUGUGCCAAGGAAGAGGGACCUUCAGUUUGAACAGAUGGUUAAGCAGUCUACGCUGGAGCUCCACUUGCAGCCUGAGGAGAGCUUUAUUCUCAAAGUUGUACAGCUGGAAGAGCUGCUUGCUGUUCGUCACUCAGUCUUUGUGGUCGGAAAUGCAGGAACAGGGAAAAGUAAGGUAUUGAGGACUUUAAACCGGACCUAUAUAAACCGAAAACAGAAGCCAGUGUGGAAUGAUUUGAACCCCAAAGCUGUGACCACCGAUGAACUCUUUGGCUUUAUCCACCCUAGCACAAGAGAGUGGAAAGAUGGUCUUUUAUCAAGUCUGAUGAGAGAACAGGCUAACAUAACUCAUGAUGGACCUAAAUGGAUUGUGCUGGAUGGUGACAUUGAUCCAAUGUGGAUUGAAUCACUGAACACAGUUAUGGAUGACAAUAAGGUUUUGACACUUGCAAGUAAUGAAAGAAUCCCUCUGACUCCAACCAUGCGUCUAGUUUUCGAGAUCCAUCAUUUAAGAACUGCUACACCAGCUACUGUUUCUAGAGCUGGAAUUCUAUAUGUCAACCCCCAGGAUCUUGGAUGGAAUCCGUAUGUGAACACCUGGAUAGAGACCAGAAGUAGCCGAACUGAAAAGGCCAAUCUGACCAUUUUGUUUGACAAGUAUGUGCCACCAUGCUUAGAACAGUUCAGAAACCACGUCUUGAAAACCAUCACCCCUAUCUCUGAGAACAGUAUGGUGCAGACCCUGUGUUCUCUUCUGGACUGUCUCCUGACCCCGGAAAAUGUGCCGCCAGACUCAUCAAGAGACUUCUAUGAGUUGUAUUUUGUCUUUGCCUCUAUCUGGGCUUUUGGUGGGGCCCUGCACAAAGAUCAGCUAAUGGAUUACAGAGCUGCAUUCAGCCAUUGGUGGAUCAGAGAAAUGAAAGCGGUGAAAUUUCCAGGGCAAGGAACAGUUUUUGACUAUUAUCUGGAUAACAAAACUAGAAAGUUUAUCCCAUGGAGUGAACAAAUCUUAAAAUUUAACAUGGAUCCAGAUAUGCCUCUUCAGGCAGUUUUUGUCCACACCUCUGAAACCACGUGUCUGGGAUACUUUACUGACCUUCUGAUACAGAAAGCCAAGCCAGUUAUGUUGGUGGGAGGUGCAGGAGUGGGCAAGACGGUGUUCCUGAAUGACAGAUUGGCCUUCCUGUCUGACCUUUACAUGAUAUCUAAAGUUCCAUUCAACUACUAUACCACAUCAGCUGCACUGCAAAGCAUUCUGGAAAAGUCCUUGGAGAAGAAAGCGGGACGUAACUAUGGCCCAAUAGGAAAUAAAAAAUUGGUAUAUUUUAUUGAUGACAUGAACAUGCCUGAGGUUGACAAGUAUGGAACUGUCCAACCACAUGCCCUGAUCAGACAGCACCUUGACUAUGGACACUGGUAUGAACGUCAGAAGAUGACUCUAAAAGAAGUUCAUAAUUGCCAGUAUGUGGCGUGUAUGAAUCCAACUGCUGGAAGCUUUACCAUUAACCAAAGACUGCAGAGACAUUUCACAGUAUUUGCUGUAAAUUUCCCUUCAAAUGAUGCACUGGAAGCCAUCUUUGCCAAGAUACUUAGCUUCCACUUCCAACAGCACACGUUUCUUCCUUCUAUCCUCCGCACUGGGCCUACUGUCAUACAAGCUGCAAUGUGGCUCAACCAGAAAAUGAUGCACACUUUCCUGCCUACUGCAAUCAAGUUUCAUUAUAUUUUUAAUCUGCGAGACAUUGCCAAUAUUUUCCAGGGAAUUUUGUUUGCUACUCCAGAUUGUUUAAAACAACCAAAUGAUCUAAUUCAACUGUGGCUUCAUGAGUCUUCACGAGUUUAUGGAGAUAAACUAAUAGAAGAGAAAGACUCAAAUAUGUUUAAGAAGCUACUUCACGAUACAGCCAUAAAAUACUUUGAGGGUAUAGAAGAUAAUGUCUUGUUAAAGCAGCCUCUUAUAUUUUGUCAUUUUGCCAAUGGAGUUGGAGAGCCAUCUUAUCUGCCAGUGCAAGGAUGGGAUGCCCUAAGGAAAACACUUGAUGAAGCUCUAGACAGCUACAAUGAGCUGAAUGCAGCCAUGAAUCUGGUUUUGUUUGAAGAUGCCAUGCAGCAUGUGUGUCGAAUCAGUCGGAUAUUGGAGACCACCCGGGGUUAUGCACUGCUGAUUGGUGUGGGUGGCAGUGGAAAACAAAGUCUGUCUAAACUAGCUGCAUACAUUGGCUCUCUGGAAGUUUUUCAGAUCACACUGAAAAAUGAAUAUGGUAUACAAGACCUUAAGGUGGAUCUUGCCAAUUUGUACAUCAGGACAGGAGCCAAGAACAUUGCCACUGUGUUUUUGCUGACAGAUGCCCAUGUUCCAGAUGAACGCUUUCUUGUUCUGAUUAAUGACUUGUUGGCAUCAGGAGAGGUGCCUGAUCUGUUCAGUGAAGAGGAAGUAGAAACAAUAGUGUCUGGAAUCAGAAAUGAGGUGCGAGGUCUGGGAUUAGACGACUCCAAAGAUGGUUGUUGGAAGUUCUUUAUAGAAAGAGUCCGCCUUCAGCUCAAAGUCAUUUUGUGUUUCUCUCCCGUUGGUUCCACUCUACGAAUCAGGGCUCGGAAGUUCCCAGCCAUAGUUAACUGCACAGCUAUUGACUGGUUCCAUGAGUGGCCACAGGAGGCCUUGCAAUCUGUCAGCAGGAGGUUCAUUGAAGACACGGAGGGAAUUGAGCCAAACGUUAAGGAGUCAAUCGGCCAGUUCAUGGCAUAUGUACACACCAGUGUCAAUGAAAUGAGUACAAAAUACUACCAGAAUGAGAAACGAUAUAAUUAUACCACGCCAAAAAGUUUCUUGGAACAGAUAACCUUAUACAAAAAUCUCCUUGAUAGAAAAAGGAAAGAGCUAUCUCAAAAAAUGGAGCACUUGGAAAAUGGUUUAGAAAAAAUGAAAACUACAGCAUCUCAGGUAGAAGACCUUAAAGCCAAACUUGCCUCUCAAGAGGCAGAACUGAAACAGAGAAAUCAGGAUGCUGAAGCCCUAAUUUCUAAAAUAGGAUUUCAGACUGAGAAAGUGAGUCAGGAAAAGACCAUUGCUGAUGCCGAGGAGCAAAAGGUUGUAUCGAUACAAUUAGAAGUGUCUGUAAAACAGAAGGACUGUGAGGAUGAUCUAAUGAAAGCUGAGCCAGCAUUAGUUGCCGCCACAGAAGCACUUAAUACUCUUAACAAGACAAACCUUACUGAGCUGAAAACAUUUCCGAAUCCACCAAAUCCUGUUAUUAACGUUACUGCGGCAGUGAUGGUGCUGCUUGCCCCUCGUGGAAAAGUGCCUAAAGACAAAAGCUGGAAAGCUUGCAAGGUCUCCAUGGGGAAGGUUGAUGAUUUUCUGCAAGCUUUAAUAAACUACGACAAGGAACAUAUUCACGAAAAUUGCCUUAAAGUGGCGAAGGAGCAGUACCUGAAUAAUCCCAUUUUUAAUCCUGAUUUUGUUCGCACAAAGUCAUUGGCUGCAGCUGGUCUCUGCGCCUGGGUCAUUAAUAUAGUUAAAUACUAUGAGGUUUAUUGUGAAGUAGAACCCAAGCGUCGAGCUCUGUCUCAAGCCAAUGAUGAUCUCAAAGGAGCUACUGAGAAACUUGAUGCAAUUAGGAAAAAGCUUCAUGAUCUUGACAACAACUUGCAAAGCCUGACAAAGUCAUUUGAAAAAGCAACUGGCGAGAAGAUCCGAUGUCAGGAGGAAGUGAACCAUACUAACUCCACCAUAGAACUGGCCAACAGGCUUGUGAAGGGGCUGGAGUCUGAAAACGUUCGCUGGAGUGAAUCUAUUAAAAACUUUGAAGCUCAGGAGAAGACACUAUGUGGCGAUGUAUUGUUGACAGCAGCGCUUGUGUCUUAUGUGGGGCCCUUUGCAAAGCGCUAUCGUCAGGAGCUGCUGGAGCAAAUGUGGCUUCCAUUCCUCAAAUCGCAAAAGGUUGCAAUUCCAAUAUCGGAAGGACUGGACCCGAUUGCCAUGCUGACUGAUGAUGCUACAGUAGCCGCCUGGAAUAAUGAAGGUCUGCCUGGAGACAGAAUGUCAACAGAAAAUGCCACUAUUUUAAUAAACUGCGAGCGGUGGCCUCUUAUGAUAGAUCCCCAGCAGCAAGGCAUCAAAUGGAUUAAGAAUAAAUAUGGAGCUGCCUUAAAAGUUAUAAAUUUAGGACAGAAAGGUUACCUGAAUACGAUUGAAAAUGCUCUGGCAUCCGGUGAUACCAUAUUAAUCGAAAAUCUGGAUGAAACAGUUGAUCCUGUACUUGACCCUCUUUUGGGAAGAAAUACGAUCAAACGAGGCCGAUAUAUUAAGAUUGGAGACAAAGAAUGCGAAUACACCAAAGGCUUCCGCUUAAUUCUCCACACAAAGCUAGCCAAUCCCCACUACAAGCCAGAGCUCCAGGCUCAGACCACCCUGAUUAAUUUCACAGUCACUACGGAUGGACUGGAGGACCAGCUACUGGCGGAUGUGGUCAGCAUUGAGAGACCAGACCUAGAAACCCUGAAGUCCAUGUUAACCAAGCAGCAGAAUGAAUUUAAGAUAGAACUGAAGCGUUUGGAAGAUGAGUUGCUGAUUCGCCUUUCAGCAGCCGAGGGAAACUUUUUAGGUGAUGUGGAACUGGUGGAGAAGCUGGAGACCACAAAAUCCACAGCCGCUGAGAUCCAGCUUAAGGUGGUUGAAGCAAAAGAGAAUGAGAUAAAAAUUAAUGAAGCCAGAGAACACUACAGGCCAGCCGGAGCCAGGGCAUCGCUCCUGUAUUUUGUUAUGAGUGAUCUCCGCAAAAUUAACCCAAUUUACCAGUUCUCAUUAAAGGCUUUUAAUGUAGUCUUCCAUAAAGCCAUUGCACGUGCAGAAGCCUCAGAAGAUGUAAAAGAAAGAGUGGCAAACCUGACUGAAUGUAUUACAUACUCAACAUUCUUGUAUACGAGUCAGGGGCUUUUUGAAAAGGACAAACUGACGUUCCUGUCUCAGACUGCUUUUCAGAUUCUUCUGAAAUUAAAGGAAAUUGACUCAGUUGAACUGGACUUUCUCUUACGGUUUCCAGUGGACCAUGUUUAUCAGAGCCCUGUUGACUUUUUGUCUGUUCAAUCAUGGAGUGCAAUCAAGAUGAUUUCUACACUGGAAGAAUUCAAUGGAUUAGAGAGAGAUGUAGAAGGAUCAGCAAAACGAUGGAAAAAAAUGGUGGAGUCAGAGUGUCCGGAAAAGGAGAUACUUCCACAAGAGUGGAAAAACAAGAGCUCUUUACAGAAACUAAUUAUAUUAAGAGCAAUGCGCCCAGACAGAAUGACCUACGCCAUCAGAAAUUUUCUGGAAGAGAAACUUGGGUCAAAGUACGUGGAAGGGGCAAGGCCAGAUCUGGCCAAAUCCUUUGAGGAAACCAGUCCAGCCACACCUGUUUUCUUCAUCCUGUCUCCUGGUGUCAACCCACUGAAAGAUGUUGAAACUCUAGGAAAAAAACUUGGCUUCACAAUUGAUUCUGGAAAAUUCCAUAACAUAUCUCUGGGACAGGGGCAAGAGAAGAUAGCAGAAGAGACUAUGGAAAAAGCUGCAGAGCAAGGCCAUUGGGUAAUCCUGCAGAAUGUCCACUUAGUGGCCAAGUGGCUAGCGACAUUGGAGAGACUUCUUGAAAAAUAUAGCACAGGAAGUCAUGAGGACUACAGGAUCUUCAUCAGUGCUGAGCCAGCUUCUACCCCAGAUCAACAUAUAAUUCCCCAAGGAAUACUGGAGAACUCUAUAAAAAUCACAAAUGAACCCCCUUCAGGAAUGCUGGCUAACCUGCAUGCAGCUCUAUACAACUUUGACCAGGAUACACUUGAGAUGUGUGCAAGAGAGAAUGAGUUCAAAAGCAUCCUCUUUUCUCUCUGUUACUUCCAUGCCUGUGUUGCUGGACGGCUCAAGUUUGGUCCCCAGGGCUGGAACCGCAGCUACCCUUUCAAUGCCGGAGAUCUCACUAUCUGCGUCAAUGUGCUUUAUAACUACCUAGAAGCCAACACAAAGGUACCAUUGGAAGAUUUGCGCUACUUGUUCGGAGAAAUCAUGUAUGGCGGUCACAUAACUGAUGACUGGGACAGAAGGUUAUGUCAGACAUAUUUAGAGGUUUAUAUGAGCACAGCAAUGCUUGAUGGUGAGCUUUAUCUAGCCCCUGGUUUCAAGACUCCUCCAAAUUUGGAUUAUAUUGGAUACCACGACUAUAUUGAUGAAAUGUUGCCUGCAGAAAACCCUGUCUUAUAUGGACUCCACCCAAAUGCAGAGAUUGAAUUCUUAACAGUAACAUCUGAUAACCUUUUAAAAACCAUUCUAGAACUGCAGCCUAAGGAAAAUGUGAUUGGUGAAGGUUCAGGAUCUUCCAUAGAAGAAAAGGUGAAGAAUGUUUUGGAUGCAAUUUUGGAAAAGUUUCCAGAAGAAUAUAACUUGCAGGAGAUAAUGCAAAAGACAACGGAGAGGACUCCUUACAUCCUGGUCUGUUUCCAGGAAUGUGAGCGAAUGAAUGUCCUUAUGAAAGAGAUCCGGAGGUCAUUAAAAGAACUUGACCUGGGACUGAAGGGGGAACUCACGAUCUCCUCAGAUAUGGAGGCUCUGCAGACUGCACUCUACUAUGACAGUGUUCCUGAGUAUUGGACUAGGCUGGCAUAUCCAUCAACAUUCGGGCUAGGGCAAUGGGUUACUGAUCUUCUUCUGCGAUGUCGUGAACUGGAUACGUGGACACAAGAUUUGGUGUUACCAGCAGUUGUCUGGGUUUCUGGAUUUUUUAAUCCACAAUCCUUCUUAACAGCGAUUAUGCAGAGCAUGGCUCGGAAGAACGAGUGGCCACUGGAUAAAAUGUGCUUAACGGUUGAUGUGACAAAGAAGACAAAGGAUGAAUUUGGCCACCCCCCUCGUGAGGGAGUAUAUAUUCAUGGACUGUUUAUGGAAGGUGCAAGAUGGGACGUUCAAGCAGGUGCGAUAUCUGAGGCUCGUCUUAAAGAGCUGACACCAGCCAUGCCUGUCGUCUAUGUGCGAGCAAUUCCUAUCGACAAACGAGACUUAAAGAACGUGUAUGAAUGUCCUGUAUACAAAACGAAAAUCAGGGGCCCGACUUAUGUAUGGACAUUUAAUCUGAAGACCAAGGAGAAGCCAGCCAAAUGGACUCUAGCAGGAGUGGCCUUGCUGUUAACAGUUUAAUGCCAAAUCCCUGAAUCUGCCAAUUUUAUCCCAGGCAAAACCUAAAUCACCUUUAUGUAUAAAAUGUUAUUUAAUGGAAUUUGUUCAGAAAAUAUUUAUAAAAUCAAUUUUAGUUAUAUAUUUUUGUUGUAAAAAUGUAUUACUUUAAGCACUAAAUGUUGUGGUUUAACCAUUUAUAGUUAAUAGGUACUGAUGGAGUUACUCUCUUGUAUAUCACACUGAAUGUGGCAAGACUCCGAUAUAAUUGCUAUCAGGCCAGAUGGCUCUGUAAUGCUGUUUCUUUAUGUAAAGUGUAAAAGUAGAUACUGGAAAAUGACUUGUAAUAAAAUAAAAACUAUUUUGAAGUUUUCGGUUA